AUGCUUGCACCGCUGCAAGGACCUGCUGCACUGGACUCCCAGGAGGAGCUGGCCCUGGAGAUGGAGUGUGCCAUCUGCUACAGCCAAUACAACAAUGCCUUCCAUGCCCCCAAGGUGCUGCAGUGCCAACACACCUUCUGCCUGGAGUGCCUGGCCCGUAUCAACGUCAAGUCCCAGCUGCCAGACACUAUCCAAUGCCCCAUGUGCCGGUCCUACACCAGGCUCCCGGACAGCGGGCCUCCCAAGCUAGACAACAACCUUGCCAUCCUAUCUUGCCUUCCAAAAGGCAUGAAUAGGACCUGCAGCAUCCACUUCAGCCGCAGCAAGGGCAGGCUCUGGCUCAAGCAACUGCCUGAGGUCUCCCAUGGGACUGUGGUGCCACAGAUCUUCAUGAGCAAUAUCAGCCACAGCUUGGACGUGGGCCGCCCACCAUGGCAAGAGAACCAGCUGCACCAGGAGGAUCAGUGGAGCCGCUGGAGCUGCUUGGACAAACCUUUGUGCCGCACUCUCUUGGUGGUGGCAGUCAUGGUCACAGUCACCCUCAUCAUCAGCUCCACCCUGUUCUUCAUUCUGCCUCCUUCCAGCAGAGCCAGUCACAACAUGACAGCUCUCAGCCCACUUGUGGCAACCGACAGCUCCCCCUGA